AUGACUAUAGAGACCAUAGCAGAUAAUUAUGACAAAGAGCAACAGGAUGCUGAUUUACGUCACCUUCACGAAAUGGGCUAUUUACAAGAACUCUACCGAGGAUUUUCGCCGCUGAUGUCAUUUUCAUAUUGUCUCACUGCUGUGAAUGUAUUAGCAUCGAUAUCACUUGGUUUUACUUUUACCUUGACGACGGGAGGCUCAGCAGUAGCCAUUUAUUCUUGGAUAGUGGCGUCAGUCUUUACCAUUUUGGUCGGCUUGUCUCUGGCGGAGAUUUGCUCGGUAUAUCCAAGUGCUGGAUCAGUUUAUCACUGGAGUGGUCAGUUAGUAUCUGCUCAACGAGCGCCAUUGGCAUCGUUUAUUUGUGGUUGGCUCAAUUUCAUUGGAAACAUUGCAUGUGAUGCUACAUUUGCAUCAGGCUUUGCGAAUAUCGUCAGUUCAGCCUUCAUUAUCAGUGAUAGGCCCCCGCUAAGCGUCAAUAUCCGAACAGCUAUCGGCAUCACUAUUUUAUUUCUGUGGUGUGCACAAAACUCUCUGCGUGUCGAUCGUAAUGGAUGGUUGAAUAACAUCGCAGCCGCCUUUCAAAUACUAUCUUCUAUCGUAAUCGUUUUUGUUCUAUACACAGCAAGCAGUCAAACAGUCACUAUUCACGAUUUAUUCACCUCGACAUAUAAUGGUACUGGUUUUCCAUUUGUUUAUGUAUGUCUGAUCAGUAUUCUUUCGACACUCUUCUCAUUUUCGGGUUAUGAAGCCAGCGCUAAUCUAUCUGAAGAAACGCAAUGUGCAACUCGAUCAGCACCAAGAGGUAUCGUUAUUACGUGUAUUUGUUCUUCGAUUUUCGGCGCUAUCUAUCUAAUGGGUCUUUUGAUUGUUAUACCAAAUGUUGAAAGAUUUAUGAAGGAUCACGAUGGAGAAACAAGUUCUGUGAAUCUAGCAGUAGCGACAUACCAAUUGGCCGUACCGGGACGUGGUGCAUUGGCGUUAGUUAUUAUUCUUUUGAUAAAUCUUUACCUAGGUGGAAUGUCGUCCUUGACAGUCACUACUCGUAUGGGAUUUUCCAUGGCUCGAGACGGUGUUUUUCCAUAUUCAUCUUACUUACGUUGGGUUCAUCAAGGAACGAAAACUCCCUUAGCUACUAUCAUGCUGGUCUUCGUUGCUGACACUGUUCUUCUCUUACUUCAGUCAGCAUCAGCAGAAUUGUUUACAAGCUUGGUUGCUAUUGGAACCAUCGGUAUUCAAACCUCUUACUUAUUACCCAUUCUAUUUCGUUGUACAUCAGCACGAAAAACAUUUCCAUCAGGGGAAUUCAAUCUAGGCCGAUUUGGCUUACCUAUUGCGACUGUAUCAUCGGUAUGGUUGAUUUUAACAUCAAUCUUAAUGUUUCUUCCAACGAAAAGCCCUAUAACGGUAGACAAUAUGAACUACAGUAUUGUAGUCUUCAUGACGGUAUUGCUAAUCGCGGGAGGUUAUUGGUUGGUUGCCGCGCGUCAUUGGUUUGUUGGUCCACAACGAGUAGAUCAUAGCAUACCGUUGUUACCACGUGGAGAACGAUCGAAUGAAAACAGGUUGAAGGACGAAAUUUUGCACGAUGAUGUGUUUGAAUAA